AUUAGCGCGUCGCGCGGCGGGUCGAGCGCACAGAACGCGUCCGCGGCAGCGCGAGUGAACACGGAGCGCACUGCGCUACACUGUACCUCACUGUUACCGUGACUGUACCACACUUACCACACUCUGGAUUACCGUACCGCGCGAACCCUGGGAUGACUCUCUGACCUGGCUCUUGCUCAUCCUCGGAAGUGUACAAACAGAUCUCUGUCGUCCACUGUCCGUCCGCCUCCAACCACAAGUAAGAUGAGAACGGCUGAGGACUCGUCCGGCACGGUCCUGCACCGUCUGAUCCAGGAACAGCUCCGCUAUGGCAACCCGACAGACACCCGCACUCUGCUGGCCAUCCAGCAGCAGGCCUUGCGGGGGGCAGCCAGCCCUCGUUCCUCCCUGGAGAGCCUGUCCCCGGAGGAGCCACCAUUCCCUCAGCUGUCUGCCCGCCAGGAGCCCCAGGGCCAGGAGCACCAGGGGGACUGCCAGCACUCGGAGAGCUACCAGCUGUACCAGCUUCACGGGGAGGAGCUGCCCACCUAUGAAGAGGCCAAGGCUCACUCUCAAUACCUGGCUUUGCAGGGGGGCCUGCAUCUGGCUGCAUCACCGGCCAUGUAUUUACAGGGUGGGGACCACCAAGAUGAGGGGGCGCGGGACCUAAAACGAAGCCAUGCGCGUUCUCUCAGUGAGCGGCUCCUACAGCUCUCCCUAGAGAGAAACAGCACCAGGGCCAACGUGGCCGCUAUGAGCUCCUCCCACAGCUACCCCCAGCUCCCUGGCUACCAUCCACCGCGUGACAGCCAGGGUCAGGGCCCCCAACAUGCUCCGCCCCCUGAGUACCCUGUCCACUCCAUGGGUUAUAUGCCCAGCUCAUCCCAGGAGCGAGGGCUUUACUUUGGUGAAGCGCGUCCUCCUCAUCCUCAGCACUACAGGUACGUGCAGGCUCAGCAAGUGAGUCCCAGUCCCGCGAUCACCACACUGACACCUUCUGGCAUGGAGGUCUACACAACAGCCCAUGCCAGCCCCAGCAGCAACCAGAUGGCCCAGAUGGAGAUGCUGAUAGCAGAGAAUGAGUCCCUUAGGAAGGAAGUGGAGGGCUACAGUGAGAAGGCCAUGAGAAUCCAGAAGCUGGAGCAGGAGAUCCAGCGGAUAUCAGAGGCCUAUGAGACUCUCAUGAAGGGCUGUACCAAACGAGAGAGCCUGGAGAAGACCAUGCGGAAUAAGCUGGAGGCUGAGAUCAAGCGGCUCCACGACUUCAACAGAGACUUACGAGACCGUCUGGAAACGGCGACCAAACAAGCGGCUAAAGAAUUCGAAACUGCUGACCAAAACCAGCACGUCUUGGCCAAACUCAUUCAGCAAAAUGAGGAGCAUCAAAAGGCACGCGAGCGGCUGGAACGAGAGGUGCUCCGGCUGCAGAGCUCAGAGGAGGAGCAUCGACACAGGGCCGAUGCAUUGGAAAAGGCCCUGGGCUCGGCACAGGCACGUGCCCGCCACCUGGAAGAGGAGCUCCGGAGGAAGCGGGCCUACGUGGAGAAGGUGGAGAGGCUGCAGGGUGCAUUGGCUCAGCUGCAGGCUGCUUGUGAGAAGCGAGAGAUGCUGGAGCAGAGGCUGCGCACACGGCUGGAGCAGGAGCUCAAGGCACUACGCACCCAACAGAGACAGACUCAAGGGCAGAGCCCUGUCCUGUCUACAGAGCUGAGCAUGUCUUCAUUGGAGGCACGUCUGCGAGAGAAGGAGGAGCGCAUCCUGGCCCUAGAGGCCGACAUGACCAAGUGGGAGCAGAAGUACCUGGAAGAAAGCACCAUGCGGCAGUUUGCCAUGGACGCUGCGGCCACAGCGGCAGCUCAGAGAGACACAACCAUUAUAAAUCACUCCUCCCGCCACUCUCCGAACAACAGCUUCAAUGAGGACCUGCCGACAGCCAACCACAGGACCCGGGAAAUGGAGAACAGGAUCCGGGCUCUGUAUGCGCAGAUCCUGGAGAAGGAUGCCGUAAUCAAUGUAUUGCAGCAGCGCUCGCGCCGCGAUCAAGGCCGGAGCGAGGUGCAGGGCAUGCGGCCUGCUAGGUCCGUGCCAUCCAUCGCUUCUGCCACUCCGCCACCCUCAGGAAAAGUUAAGAGCCUCUCGGAUGACCAGACAGCUGUUGCGCCUUCUUACACCUCCAUGCCAUCUGCCCCGCCCAAGCCGCCCAGCCGCGACUGCUCUGCUGAGGCUGAUGAUCUCCCAGUGGAGGUUCCCAUUAGAGAUGAGCAGCCAGUUCCCCCAGAGCCCAGCAUGGUCCCCAACAAUGAUAACACAGAGGAACAGCAACAGAGCCCUGACAGAAUCUCCAGGGACCUUGUGAAAGUGGAAGCAGUGGAAAUCUUUAUAUGAAGCCUCCCCGGCCAGGAAGCUCUAAGAAGGACCGCGUGGCUCUCUUUGCAGUUUCCAUCGUGAGGAUGAUGCUGCAAUUUAUGAUGUAAGAAGCUGCACAGAACACAUAAAAGCCCACCCCAGGCUUGGACCGCCACGUUGAUCAUGUGUCUGAUUGAAACUGAGGAAAAAUUGACUGCAAUCUUGCACACGAAAGAGAGCUGAGCUUUCUGUGAGCAAACCCCAACUAUUAAAGAAACACUUACUGGUGACGCCGUUUUGAAACCUGCCUGGCGCAAGAGAUGCUGUGAAUGUUUUAGGUACUUGUACAGUAUUUGACUUGCAAAUGGCAGCUGGUGGACUGUGUGUGUAUAUAUUUAUGUGUCUGUGUGUGUUUGUAUACAAAUAUAUAUUUAUUCAGACACAUUUGUUUUUGUUUAUAUACAUAUUUAUGCUGCUGCUCUGAAUGUGUGUAGAGAGUGAACUACUUUUUGGCCUUUAAGAAAGAAUUUAGUUUUGUUUAAUAUUUGUCUAACCAUCAUUUCCAGUAUAUAGCGCUAUAAAUAUAUACAUAUAUAAAUAUGUAUUCCCCAUGUACCUGCGCAAAAUGUAUCUGGGAAGCUGUGCUCUUUAGGAACUCCAUAACUGUUGAAAGAAAGGCUUUUUCCACAUUCUUAGAGGUGACUGAAAUACCCACCAUUAUUGGACCUUAGCAUGUAGUUUGACUUCCUUAUCGAGCAGCUCCCUCCUCCGUGAUCUACCAGAUUCGCGGUGUUCGAGGACUUUUAAAAACUGUACGGGGAGUAGUGACUAAAAUGAGACGACAGGGCAGCCUGUUUAUUGGUUUAAGAGCAGAUAAAAGCUUUUGGAUGACUCUAAAGGAAGAGGUUUUCAGUGACUGUCUCAAUGCGGCUGCUGCCCAACAUGCCUUCCUUUACUCAAUAAGCUGAAGUCAGUCUUUCCACAUUCCUUCUGUGUGGAAUGCCUCUGGUAGGAAAAAAGGCUAUCUGUAGUUUGACCCCAUCACCCUCUUCCUUAAAAUGGUAACCAGUCUGUCAUUUUUGGGGUCUAUUUAUUUCCUGUAAGGCCUUAGUGGUGCCAGUGUCUAAAUGGAUGAGUGGUUAUAUACAGUAACGUCAAAGCUCAGUUCCUUAUUUGGUUGCCAAUCCGGUUGCGGAUGCCAACCCUUUUUUUUACUGAAAUAAUAAAUUGUGACAAAUGUGUGACAAAUGUGAGGUGUGUGACAGAUUUGUUGAAUGACUUAUACAGAAAAAUUAUGGGAUAUUUCGAUUUGAAAUACUACCCUUCGAACUGUAUGUGUACUCCAAGGGCAAAUGUUAUGUAUUUUGAAUGGCCUCUUUGAACUGGAAGGGACUGAAAGCUGAUUGUAUUCUUUUAUGAAAUGUAUUCUGCAACUUUGCCUGAAAGCUGCCCUCUUUCUUUCCCUGUUUUCUCUUUCAGUGCAUCUGCUGGUCAGUGCAUAGAAAAUGAAAACCUAUUUGUCUACUUACACUUGUGUUAUUCAGGCUGUGUUUACAGAAUUGUCUGUUGUGAACUGAGAUCACCUAAUAUAUUUUAUAUAAAUAUUUGUAUUCAUUAGUAUUAUGUGCUAUAAACAUGAUAAAGCCAAAGAUUUGCAUUAAAAUGUAAGUUAUAACUCAGAAUGAAGAAACCAACAGGCUUGUGUCUGGCUGCCCCUUUCUGGAUGGUUUACCAACACUUAGACAUUGCUGUGAACCUCUAAAAUGUGGGAGUUUUUCAUUACAAUGCCAGAGACAUUUCAUUAAUGCAAUAAAAACCUAAAAAUAA